AACGUAAUACUGCACGUGUGAAUUGUAUUAAAGUGCAUUUAUUGGACGUUGAUAAGGCUGAACUGUGUAUGCUUGAAUAGAGAAACAUCAGAUGAUGUUUAAUCGGUGAAGUUAUUUUGAUUCAUAUAAGCUUGAUUCAGUCGAACAAAUAACUGUCUUCGCAAAGCCCACCACCAUCAGCACAGAAAUGCGAACAUCCUUUGCAUGCCUGAUGAAGCCCGUGCUGCAUGGAUAUUUCAGAAGUUCUUGCUCCUGGAGAGUGCGCAUUGCUUUUGCCCUAAAGGGUAUUGAAUAUGAUCAAGUACCAGUAAACCUCGUCAAGGAUGGAGGCCAACAGGUUUCCCAUGUGCUUCAUAGUCUGUGGAUGUAAUAUUGCAAGUCUGCCUCAGCUCACAGAUCAGUAUAAAACCGUCAACCCAAUGCAGCAAGUGCCUGCUGUCACAAUCGAUGGCAUCACCUUGUCUCAGUCACUGGCUAUCAUCCAGUACAUUGAUGAAACUCGGCCCAGGCCUCCUCUCAUACCCGCUGACCUACAGCAGCGAGCUCAAGUACGCAUGAUCUCUGAUCUCAUCGCCUCUGGGAUACAGCCUCUACAGUCAGCGUCUUGUAUUACUCAGAACCUCUAUGUGCUACAAAAAGUCGGUGAGGAAAAGCUACAGUGGGCUCAACAUUUCAUCAACAAGGGAUUCAAAGCCCUCGAGUCCAUCCUGAAGCAGACAUCUGGAACAUACUGUGUUGGGAAUGAGAUAUCCAUGGCAGACAUUUGCCUUGUACCCCAGGUCUACAAUGCUGAAAGGUAUAAAGUGGAUCUUGACCAGUAUCCCACAAUCAAGCAGAUAAACCAGACCCUAAUGGAGCUUGAGGCCUUUAAAGUCAGUCAUCCAUCCUGUCAGCCUGAUACGCCUGAUGACCUGAGAUCAUAAAUGUAAUUUUAAAUCUUGUUGACCCAACAUCACCAAAAUGACAUUAAAGUUUUACUAAAGGAACUCCAAAUCAAGAAUCCA